AUGGACGCAACAGACCCCACGAUCCCGAAAAACGCUGGUUCAGAACCCCAUCUUGAGGAUGAAUUGGAAUGUGAUGAUAAUCAGUCGGCUAGACGCAGCACAUUUGAACAAUUUCAAGAAACGAUGGAUCAGUUCCAGCAAUGUAAAGUGGAAGCGGCCACAGAGUCUUUACAAGCUGGGCUUAAGCACUUCCUGAAUCUAACCCCAGAUAGCUUCGGAAACCCGACUGAUUACGAGAAGGAGCAGGUGGAUCGAGGUAGAAAGAUGUGUUUGAGUUAUUGCUCCGCUCCUCCUUUCUUUGGAACUGUUUUGUUAAACCCUAAGCUGAUCACAGAUAGGGAUGACCAUUUUUAUGCUAGCUUUACUAUUGUUUUUGGUGCUGUUGCACUCAAGCUGCAUAAAUAUAAAAUAGCUAUAGACUUAUUUCAGCGAUGUGAUUCUCUUUACACAUUUGAUGCCACGCCAUAUCCUAAAAAUAACAAGCAAGGUAUCGAUAUUUUAAGAGCAGUAGCCAAGGCUAAUGUAGGCUGUGUUUAUCUGAUUAUGAGAGCUACGAACAAGGCUAAGGAUUAUCUAGAACGAGCGCUGGAGAUUUUUGAAACAUUUAAAAACAAAAAUGACUCUCCAGAAAUAAACACUGUUGCUAUACAAACCAACUUAAGCUUAGCUUACCAGGGUCAGAAGAACUACCCUGCUGCAAUGAAGUUGCAAGAGCGUCUUAUUCUGAAGGCCAAAGACCCCGUUAUUCCCCCACAUUUGGUAACAGCCAUACAUUACAAUAGAGCAGAGUUGUUUAUAGAACUCAGAGAACCUGUCAAAGCACUCAUGGAGCUGAGAACAUUGAAUUCAUUAUCUGAGAGGAUGAACAAUGAAGAAGCAAUAUUCUCGAAAUUUAUAUCUUCAAAAAUUUGUUUGGCGUAUCAAAAGAUUGGAGAUGUGACUCGUGCAGAGAAAAUAGCAGAGCGCUUGACAUUCCCUUCUCUUUCGCCUAAAUCGCUAUCACCACCACUCUCGCCUUCGUUAAAAUCGUUUUCGACAGCAUCGGGGUCAGGGUCAGAGUCGUCAUCAUCAUCGUCGUUGUCAUCAUCAUCGUCGUCGUCGUCAUCAUCGUUGUCGUCAUCAGUUUCAUCAUCGUCAUCAUCAUCAUCUCCGUCAUCAACAUCGUCGUCUCCAUCGUCUGCUUCGUCACUAAUGUCUUCAUUUUCGUUUUUCUUUACCGAUUUUGAAGCUGCUCUCGGAUAUAAUGGAAUAUUACAUUGGGACUUCUUGUUCGCAAUGAUAUUGAAUCUAGUUGAUUUUCACUUAAACGAAAAAAACUUAGUCCUUGCAUCUUUCCUCGACGUUUUUAUACCAAUUUGCAAAGAAACAUUAGGGAAAAACCACCCAACACAUGCAUCGUUUCUCUAUAGGCAAGGUGUUAGAUUUUUUCUGAUGGAAAGAAACCUGUUAUCAAAAAGUUGCUUUGAAGAAGCAUUAAAUAUUUUGACAAGUUUUGACUACGGUUUAGAUCACCCGGAUUUGGUGCAAUGUAACAUCGCUCUUGCAAGGUUAUUAUUGUGCGAAGACUUUCAAGAGGUUCCUCAGUUGAAGUCGCGCCGUGACCGAGGCUGGCGAGAAUUUCCUUGCAACGCAGCAGAUGGAGUUGUAAGCCCUGAUAUUCCAUCAUUUAGAGAAGACAGUAACAAGUGGGACAGCAACGAAGAAUUAGACGGACCAGGUAAAAUUUCUGGUCAAGAAAGGCGUAGAGGCAAGAAUUAUGAUCACCUUGAAAACGCGCCCCAAAAGGAUAAGAACAAAGGAAUCAGCAUCUCACAGAAGAUACAGCAAACACCAAAUGAAGUCAGUGGUGGACGGAAUGACACUCUUAAAGCCUCUUUUCAGGGAGGAUACGUGGUUGCAGACAGCCGUGAAAACCCCGAUGUUCUUACUACAAACGGGGCUUGCGGCUUUGACAAAGAUUGGAAUACCCAAGCUGUUGCCCUUCCAAAAACACCAGGAGAUUCCCAAGGGAUUAAUUCGAAAACAAAAACAUAUCUUGGUUUGAAAGGUGGACGCCGAAGCGAUCUUCCGUCAGGGCACAGCUCACAAAGGGAUCCAAGUGGGGAUGACUUUGGCACAAAUCACAUCGGAAUAGAUCCCAGUUUCCUCGCACGUCAUUCUUAUGAGUGCAAUGCAUCUGAUGAGCGCUGGGAUUCUUGUGAUCCAUUUGAAGAUUCAGAAGUGCUUGCAGGUUCCCACUCCGAGUAUAACAGAUCUAGGUGUAUGACUGAAGUGUACCACCCUACUUCUCUAAGUUCAACGAAAUUUCCUAAAUGUCGUGAUUUUACAAAAACUGUUCCAGCGAAGACCUUAGGACUACCUCAAUUUUCAAGUUUCCUUGAAGAUGGAUGUAAAGCAAAUCUCCCGUUGACAAAUAUCUUCCCAGAUGGACAUGUACUCGCCGAAAGGCCGACGUUCUCAUCGCAGUUUGAAAGAAAAGAUGACGCUCCGGGAUUUCUUCCGGACGGGGAAAGUGCAGGAGCUGGUCAUGGUCUGUUAAACAGUAAUUCAAAUACAUCUGCUGACGAAUCAUUGGCCGUACUAGAGCAACGUGUGGCUGAAGCUUGCUGUCUUGUCGAGAAAACGUUGAAAGAAAGACAAGAAAGAGAAAAAUCGAUGAAAGAAACGGAGCAAAAAAGAAAAGAAGAGCGGGCAAGGAAAGAACAACUUGCACGUGAAAGAAAAGAAAGGGAAGCGAGGGAAGCAAGAGAAACGGAACUCAGAAAUGAAAGAGUAGAGGGGAACUCCACGAGCGGUGGACAAGAAACACCUUCGCAAGACUCGGCAAGUGCUGGGGUUCGACAAUGGCUGUGUGAACAUUAUCAGCGGCUCUGCCGUGUCAAGUUCUCAUGCUGCGGAAAGUUCUUUCCUUGUCAUCGUUGUCAUAACAACUCUGGGUGUCCAAAUGAUAAUUCCAAAGCAAGAGAGGCGUGCUCUGUUGAGUGCUCUGUUUGUAGCCAUCAACAAGAGAUCAACCAGGACGCCCACACCUGUGUCAGAUGCAAAACAAGGUUCUCAGCAUAUUUCUGCUGGGUAUGUAAACACUUCACAGGGGAGGAUAAAGCUCCUUAUCACUGCGAAAAAUGUGGUAUCUGCCGUAUCUACAAGGACCGCUCCUUCCACUGUGAUGUGUGUAACGUCUGUCUGGACAAACGGCUGGAAGGAAGACAUUCUUGCCGAGCAAAUUCAGGACACGACGAGUGUUGCAUCUGUUUAGAGGAUGCUUUUAGCGGUUGUCAGAUCCUGCCAUGCUCACACAAGGUUCACCGCGAAUGUGCUAUUGCUAUGAUACAGAACGGCGUUCGCAGCUGUCCUAUUUGCCGCCACCCUUUGUACAGUCAGACAGGAAUGAAUGAGUGAAUUACAACCUCGACUCCAGUGUUCAAAACUCCAAGAAAGGGCAAAUUGUUCCCCAUUGAGAUGUUUUAGAUAGUGUCCUGAUUGACGUAUUCAUUCUUUAUUGUAGCCGUGAAUUUAAUCUUUUAUCCCUAACAAUGAAUGGCUCCUUAUUUCUACUGGCGGUAUCACCCUUGAAUCAAAUGAUUAAUGAAACGAGAAUGAAGGCAAUGAUCACCAAUUUAGGAGGCUCUUGAUUGUCAAGCAAAUUCUCAUUGUCAGUAUCAGAGGAAAUGUAAAGAGAACAGUGUAGAUUGUUAGGGUUGAAGAUUGUAAUAGUUAUCUUAAUCUUAACUGUACAAGGACGCAAACCUGAGGGGAGAGGGGAAAUGAGGGUGGCAGGAUCCCCUUAGGUAAAAUUGAUUUCUAUGCAGUGGCUUUUAUAUCCAAAUUUACCGCUUUCAUCUCUUAAAAGAUUUGUGUAAAAGUAUGCAAGGCAUCGAUCAGUCCGGCGAGGAGGUGGCUAAGUGUAUCAUAAUAGUGAAGCCAUUGUAAAAUAAUAUGAUCUUUCUUAUCAUUGUAAGGAAACAACAGAGUAAAUUGUCCAAAGCCUGUGCAGCAAAUUAGAUUUGGCAACGGGUUGUUUUUUUUUCCGUAAUCUAAAAUGAAAAUAUGCUUCUAGAAAUUUUUUACACUUAAAGCCAGACAAAACUUUGCACAUGGUGUUGUUAUGAAAUUCCUGGUAGUGUUUUACGGUUAUUAGAAUGCUGUGUAAAAUAAAGCUCCUCUAGAACCUUUUUUUCAUAUAUAGUUACACCAGGAUAGGAAGGAAUUGUAAGAGUUUCAAUUUCAUCUUCUUUGCCUUCGGGAGACGUGUGACAAAAAUGAAGGGAAGAAAAAGCGAUUUUGCUCUUUAAAUUUCGGUAGUCUAUUAAGUUAGUAACGAGUAAUAUUGAUGCAUUUCUAGAGACUAAAUUUACUUACUAAGCUUAUUUUAUUAUAAACUGGUAACCUUCAUAAAUAGAAGGUAUUUAGUUUUCUUAGGUUUUACAUUUUCCAUAGUUAUGUAGGUAGUUUGUUAUUUCAUUCUGAUGUAACCUUGCGCUUUCAAACUUCAAGUAGCUAUGCAAAUCAUCGCUACGCAAACAUUGUAUGGUUUCGCAAAGAAGUUAAGUCACAAGUCGUAUUAUACAUGAUUUUUU